AAGCGUGUGUGCAAAACAAAAUAAGCAGAAGCGCAUCGGUUGCGAGGUGGUGGUGGGGGGUACAUGCCUUUGGUGAACGGUCGGUCCCGGAGGACCCGCCGUGAAAAGUUCCUCGAUGAAUGGAUCCGCAGCGAUGAAGAAGACAACUGAUCGGCCUCCCUAAGCGAUCAUAGGGAGCUCCGACCGGCGCGGCGGCGGCACCAUGAAGGAAAUGGUGGGCGGCUGCUGCGUCUGCUCCGACGAGCGCGGCUGGGCAGAGAAUCCACUCGUGUACUGCGACGGCCAGGGCUGCACCGUGGCCGUCCACCAAGCCUGCUAUGGAAUUGUUCAAGUGCCCACUGGGCCUUGGUUCUGCCGGAAGUGCGAGUCUCAGGAAAGAUGUGCUCGUGUUCGGUGUGAGCUGUGUCCAUCCAGGGACGGCGCACUCAAGAGAACUGACAACGGCGGCUGGGCACAUGUGGUCUGUGCAUUGUACAUCCCGGAGGUGCGCUUUGGCAACGUGACCACCAUGGAGCCUAUUGUGUUGCAGCUGGUUCCGCAGGACCGUUACAGCAAGAGUUGCUUCAUCUGCGAGCAGCAGCACCACGAGAGCAAGGCGUCCAUUGGAGCAUGCAUGCAGUGCAACAAGUCUGGGUGCAAGCAGUACUUCCACGUCACAUGUGCGCAGGCAGCGGGUCUUCUCUGUGAAGAGGCUGGGAACUACUUGGACAACGUCAAGUACUGCGGGUACUGUCCCUACCACUACCAGAAACUGCAGAAACGGGACAGCCACAUCAAGAUCAUCCCAGCCUUCAAGCCUAUUCCAGCAGAGUGCAAUUCACGUGAGGGCAGCCCUGAACGCAAACCCACCAGGGCGCGCAUCAAGGGGGGCAGCAGUAUGAGUACGGAGCGGCGUGGAUGCAGCCGGCCACCGUGCAAUGGCCAGGUGUCCUCAGACGGUGGUGCCAGCAGCGAUGCCACUGAGCCACGCAAUGGUGCUACGUCUGGGGGGUCGUCGCCCUUGCCAAGCACGGGCACACCCAGUACCCCACUGCCUCAGCUGCCUGGCAAAUUCACGACAGCCAACUUCACAGAGGCAACGGUGGUGCAGACGGGCAGCCCUGUGUUUGGGGAGCGGCAGCGCAAGCGGGGUCGCCCGCUGGGCAGCACCAAGGAGGCCAAGGCCCAGCAGGCCGCACAGCAAGCCGCAGCCGCUGCCGCAGCAGCAGCACAAGCUGCACAGCAGGUUGCAGCAGCAGCUGCUCAGCAAACCACAGCUGCUCAGCAACAGCAACCGCAGCAACAGCAGCAGUCUCAACAGCAGCAACCCCAGCAGCAACAAUCACCGCAGCAACAGCUGCAGCAGCAGCCUGUACCCCUGCUGCAGGCCAAGACGGAACCACUCUCCCCUCCGCCAUCGUCGCUGGCCAGCAACAAUCCAACACCCAGCUUCAGCAGCAUCUAUGAAAACCUAGUGGGCAGCAGCCGCCAUAGUGAGAAGAGGCCAAAGGCCAAACGGCCCUCCCCAUCCCAGGGUGGCAGCAGCAGGGCAUCACCAUCAAGCAGUGGGGAACGUGAGACCGCCAAAAAUGGCAGCCUGGGUGGCGGCAAGCGCUGUGCCAGCGCAUCAGGCGGCCCGAGGCUUCGCAAGAAGGUGCCUCCCAUGCUGUCCCCGUCUGCCCAAACGGCGGCUGCCAGCGCAGCCACCAACGGCCUGCCUCCGGUGAUGGGAAGUGGCGAUAUUGACCACACAUAUUACCGCCCAAGGCCAAAAGAAAACAAAAAAGCAUGCAACUUGGACGUGAGGGAGCUGAGCCUGGGUGGUGAAGAAGGCAGCCGUCCUGCAUCUGCUGACUCCGUGCUUACGCAGCCUGCCCGCCUUGAGUCAGAUGAUGCCACCUUAGAGUCUAGCAACAUUCAAGGCAAGAUGCUGCAGCCAGCCGAGGACCACGAUGACAAAAAUGGGCGGGUAUCUGCAACGCUGCCCCCAGAAGGCUGGGCUUCGACGUGCCAAGUCGGGCCACCUCGUAUGAGCAUGUCUCGGAGUCCUGCUUGGCCCGAAUCGGCUGCUGUACCAAGCUUGAUUCCGCAGACCCUGGAGCAGCUGCUUGAACGUCAGUGGGACCAGGGCUCUGGCUUUCUCAUGAGGCAGGCCCAGCACUUUGACAUUGCAUCAUUGCUGUCGUGCCUACAUCAGCUGCGCUCGGAGAACAUGGAGUUGGAAUCUCGCAUCAGUGGCCUGCAGGCACGCAGGGACCAACUGCUGGCUGUCAGCGCACGCCUGAUGGGUCCCCUCAGAGAAGGAGUUGCGCCCCCCUUAGUCCCCACAUCCAGCUCUCCCAUGCCCCUCGUGUCCCAUGCCUCUGCUGCAGAAGUCAAUGCGGCGGCGGCCAUGAGUUUUGGCACGAGGGCAAAUUUGCCCACAUCUUCCGUGGGCUCUUCAAUGGAGAAGCACUCUGGUGUGUCACUGGGCUUCCCCCUUGGUUUUCCCUCUUCGGCUCAGCCAUCCACUGACCACCAGCCACACCAGGCAAACGAGUUGAGUGCAGCAUCACAGCAUGGCUUCCCUGGCCGGCCAGCGAUGGGGCACCCAGAAGGAAUGCCCUCCAACGAGAACUCAUCGCAUCGAGGCUCCACACUGUCCACCUCUCGCCAGCCGAGCAAUAGCUAGGAGCCACAUGCAUCAUUUCAGCGCCGUUUGUACAGGAUACAUUCUCAUGAUGUUGUACAUCAAGGAAGCAUUGUCAACUGUUCGCACUUGGGACGAGCUAUGCCCUGAUUGUCAGGCAGGCUUCGUAGCCGAACAGACUGCAGGGAAAGUCAUUGAUAAUAUAAUUUUAUUGUUUUAUACUUCAUCGCAACUCAGAGAUUAACAACAUGGUUCCCUCUCCCUGGUUGGGAUGUCUGCAUUUCAACUCUACGCUCAGUGGAGACUGUUUUACACAAGUCUUUUACCACUUCGUUGUCUGCCUCUGUCGAAAGAAGAAACGAAGAGACUGACUCGUAGCAAAGGAUGAGCACAGCUCUACAAGCCUUUGCCUCGUGCAUCGCAGCAUAGCUCGAUUUUUCCCUUUCCCAUUUUCACUGUUGUGUUCAGUACAGAGUUGGUGUUAAUCUUGUGGCAGCUGCUGCCAUAUUGGACGCUUGUUUCAGUUCAUGUGUGCCAUCAGGUUGGCUGGCAUUUGAAGGUGUGCAAAUUCAUCUCACGUGUCAGCUCAUGCUGCAAAAGACAAAGGGACUUUCCAGAGGAGAGGCUACUCUUCAUUUUAAUUAUUUCUAUGUCUUGUAUAUUUGUAUAUUUACCUGUGAUGUGAGAGUCUUGCUCCUAUUAACUUAUGGCAUGCCCCGAAUGAGCAGGAACUUUGCAGCAACUGGUGUUAGCUAUGAAAUAGAUGCAGGCGUUCCUCGGCACAAGCUGUACAAGUGCCGUUCGUCCCGACACGCACCAGUUCUCUGUGUUCCCUCGUUAACUGAGUUGCCGUCUGGUGUUUUAUGGUCGCCUUUGAAGUUACCUUGGCCUCUAGCUGCCUGGCCUCUUUCUUCAAUUGGAAAAUUCAGCCAGGUGUUUAUCAAAACCUUCUCCCUUGGCAUGUGUCCUGCAAUGAUGCCAUUACACUGUACAAAAGUUCAUGUUCAAAUUGUUUUUGUUUGUGUAACCUGUACAAAAAGACAAUGAACCACGUUGAGAUCUUUUAAGUAGCAUAAGUGUUCAUUUCUGUUAAUUUUGACAAUAUGUAUUGUUUGUGCAGUAUUUUUUUUCUUCUAACUGCAUGUCUUGUAAAUAGUAAAUAAACGUCGGCAUUUUUAUGCGGCUUUCUUCUA